UUUCUUCCAUGGCCUUAUCUACGAUCUCUUCUUCAUCUUCUUCUUCAGUCACCUCUCCAUGGCUCUACGAUGUGUUCUUGAGCUUUAGAGGAGAAGAUACCUGUGAUACUUUUAUUGCCCAUCUAUACCAUGCUUUGAUUCAAAAGGGAAUCCGUACCUUCAUAGAUGAUGAUGAAGUUAAACGGGGUGAUGAGAUUUCAACUAAACUCCUCCCAGCCAUAGAAGAUUCAAGGAUUUCCAUCAUUGUACUCUCAAAAAAUUAUGCAUCGUCAACAUGGUGUUUGGAUGAGUUAGUGAAGAUUCUUGAGUGUAAAAAAUCAAAGCAACAAAUAGUUUUACCUGUGUUUUACCACGUAGAUCUGUCGGAUGUACGCCAUCAAAGAAAGAGUUUUGGGAAAGCAUUGGUUAAACAUGGUGAGAAAAUGAAUGUAGACGUGAAGUUGCAGCUGUGGAAGGCAGCCGUUCGAGAAGUUGCCAAUUUGUCUGGAUACCAUCUAAUUAGAAAUGGCUGGUAUUUCUAACUACUUAAUUAAUUUGUGCCGUUCAUUAA